GGGAAAUAAAAAGAUUUUGAAGAAUUAAAAAAAAUUUAAUUGAAAAUUAACAAAAUUAAAUAAAUUUAAAUAGAAUUUUUUAAUCAUGGACUGUUUAAAUGUAUUAAAAUUGUUAAUGCUUUGGGUGUGUUUCCAUGCCUGCUGGGCCCGUUCUUGGCCGGCGAAAAAUACCAAUAGAAAACUUUUACAGACCCUCAAAAGUUAUAUGAACUUAGAAGUGAAUCCUUGUCAAGAUUUCUAUCAAUAUGCCUGUGGAAAUUGGGAAAAUUUAUUGCCUCACAAUAUAGACUAUUUGGAUACUAUAGGCAGUCUGGAGUAUGAAAUUAAUCGCAAACUAAAAGAUAUUCUGGAGCAAAGAAUUUUAAGACACAAAAAGGAAACAAAUGGCAUUUAUCGUAAAGUCCGUGAGUACUAUGAAGCCUGCAAGGAGCAGCAGUCCUUCGAUGCUAAAGAGUAUUUAAGAAUUAUAAAACCCACCGAUGAGGAUGAAUGGCCUGCUGUCGAGGACUUGUGGUUGCCUAGUAAAACUUGGAAUAUAUGGUCUUCGCUGGGACGUCUGCAGGCUGUAGGAUUUAAUGGUUUCCUGAUCACUUUAGAUAUGAAGAAUCGUAAUGCUACACACUUCCAUGUACAGGUGGAUAAAUUACAAAAUUUGGGUUUUACCUCUUAUGAGCAGAAGCUUUUAGAUGAAAUGGAUGGUUCUUUGGAUCAAAGAUCACGCUUGCUGUCGCAAAAUAUACAAAGUUUUAUAAAGAAACUGGCUGCUUUGCAUAAAAAUCAUAAUCUAGAUUAUUCAGUGGAAAUGUCAGUGGAGGAAUUGGAACAUAAAGUUUUACAUUUAGAUUUCAAGGGCUAUUUCUCUUCUAUACUAGGACCAGAUUCUAUACAACACUUGCCCUUGGUGGUGGCCAACUUAGCCUAUUUUCGCAAGCUAAGUGAUUUGGUUUAUAAAACCUCGUCAGAAACUUUGAUACACUCUUUGAAAUUAAAGUUUUUGGGUUAUUUGGAAAAGCAAAUGCCACGCUCCUCUUCCCCCUUAAAAUGUUUGCAGCAUAUGCGUGAUUUGCUACCCUUGGCUUUGGAUUAUAUUUACGAAAAGGAAAUCUAUCAACAUAAGCGCUCUACUAGUGACUUAGUUAUACAAAAACUAUUUAAAACCAUGCAGCAAAAAUUUGCCGAUAUAAUCUCACAACACUCACAGGAGUUGUCCUCGGAGGAAAAAGAUUUUCUUUUGGAAAAAAUCUAUUACAUGAAACUUAACAUUGGCAAUUUACCUCUAAACACCGAUGAGAAAUACUAUCAUGAUUACUUUGCCUCGUGGGAGUCUUUUAAAGAUUCUUUUUACUGGAAUCAUUUGAAUGCCUUGCAGCAUCAGCGCACCGAAAGAUUUAAUAUGCUAAACCUACAAUGGUUUACUCCCAUACACACCUAUUUUCAUUGGCCCUUUGGUUCGCCAGCCUAUCAACCUUCUGCCAAUCUUCUAAUAAUACCUCAUACCUAUCUUCAGUAUCCUAUAUUUCAGCCCGAUUUUCAUGAACUCUUUCUCUAUGCUGAACUGGGCAAUACUUUGGGUCAUGAAAUGCUGCAUGCCUUCGAUACCAAUGGUCUACAGUAUGACAGUCAAGGCAAUCCUUCUGCUCUCUUUAUGCAAAAUCUACCCGAUAAGAAGUCAUUUAUGCGUUCCCUCGAAUGUCUCAAUAAACAACGUCCCUCUAGUCUAAAUGAGAAAAUAGCUGAUUUUAGUGGUUUCCGCUUGGCCUAUGAUUCAUAUUUUCAACGUGCCUCAGUGCCCAAGUUUCGUGGUGAAACUCAUUUUACCAAUAAGCAGUUGUUUUUCAUUAAAUUCGCUCAAUUCUUUUGUGCCGUCAAUCCUAAGCGUAUUUACUAUGAUGACUCGCAUGAUACUCCAUUCCUUAGAGUUCCCCAGGUGGUGCACAAUCAUCCCGAGUUCGAGCAGGUCUUUAGUUGUCAACGAAAGUUGGGCAAAGUUUUGGUGGAAAAGUGUAAUAUGUGGUAGUUUAAUAAAAGCUUUAUUGUAAUUUUAGUACAAAUUUUAGUUUAAGUAAACUUAAUAAAUUAAUAUAAAUAGUAAUAACUUAAAAACAUAAUUUUAAAAUAUAACUUGUAAAUAGUUUAAUUAAAAUAUUAAAAACAUU